AGGGACGGGUUGGGCUGAGGGACACACGGCGCUGCCGCGCUCCGCACGAAGGGGAGAGGGAGGGAAACUCCGGGCCAGAAACAAAGGGGGGGAGCUGAGCCGGGAACAUCCGGGUCAUUUGCUGCCGCUUCAAUCCGGGACACGCGCGGGUGCUGCGGCCGAUCACGAGGGACUCUGAAUAUGUCUGGCAUAGCUCUUAGCAGACUUGCACAGGAGAGAAAAGCCUGGAGAAAAGAUCAUCCAUUUGGAUUUGUAGCAGUACCUACAAAAAAUCCAGAUGGUACAAUGAAUCUAAUGAACUGGGAGUGUGCUAUUCCAGGAAAGAAAGGGACACCAUGGGAAGGAGGCUUAUUUAAACUACGGAUGCUUUUCAAGGAUGAUUACCCUUCUUCACCCCCAAAAUGUAAAUUUGAACCACCAUUAUUCCACCCAAAUGUGUAUCCUUCAGGCACAGUGUGUCUCUCCAUCUUAGAGGAGGAUAAAGACUGGAGGCCAGCAAUCACAAUUAAACAGAUCUUGUUAGGAAUACAAGAACUUCUAAAUGAACCAAAUAUUCAAGACCCAGCUCAAGCAGAGGCUUACACAAUUUACUGCCAAAACAGAGUGGAAUAUGAAAAGAGGGUUCGAGCACAAGCCAAGAAGUUUGCACCAUCAUAAGCAUCUGUCAUGCAGCAUCUUAAAAAGGAAGGGAUUGGUCUGGCAAGAACUUGUUUACAAAACUUUUGCAAAAUCUAAUGUUGCUAUGUACAAUUAAUAUCCACUUAGGGGAGGGGGUUGUAUGUGUGCCAUUUUCCAUAUUCGCCACUUGUAUACAGUUCUAAAUUUGCUGAAUUGCCCCCAGUUUUUUCAUACAGGGUCUCUUCCUUCAGUCUUUUGUAUUUUUGAUUGUUAUGUAAAACUUGCUUUUAUUUUAAUAUUGAUGUCAGUAUUUCAACUGCUGUAAAAUUAUAAACUUUUAUACUUCUAUAAAUUCACUAGUAUCUCUAGUUACUUUGCUAUCUGAUGCAGGCAUGCUUUAAAAUGUUAGAACUAUAUUUAGCCUCUAGCUGGCUGUAUGAAAAAAAAAAAAAAUCAUGCCCUCCACCCCCUUCCCUCCCUGAAUUUGUUUUUCUAUCUUUCAGAAACUAGGUUGUUAUUGCUUAAGAACCUCUGAGAUCCAAAGUCAGCCAGCAUCCUUAUUCUGCAUCACUUCCUUUGUGUUUAUAUGGCGUUCUGUCUGUGUUGCUGUUUAGAGUAAAUAAACUGUUUAUAUAAAGGG